UUUAGUGAUUUUUAUUUUUCACUGUUUCGUUUCCAUUUUGUGAAUGACGCGAGGUGAUAUUUUGUGGUGAAAUCUGUUUCCCAUAAAAAUCGUUUUAAAAUUAAUUGAUUAUAAACAAAACUAAUUCCUAAUACUUAUUCGAACUCGCAUAAUCUAAAAUAAUUAAACAUUCGAUAAGAUUUGCGAAUAAAAAAAAGCGUGGUGUUUUUGCGUCGCAACAAAAUGUCUAAACCAGGAAAGAAAUUCCUCAAUCAUGUUGAUCACGGAUUUCGACAAUACAAAGGAGAACGACACGUCAGUUUUAAGUCGAAUAAAGGGGCACCGCAUAAAAAUAAGAAAUUCAAUUUUAACAAGGAUUGGGCAAAUUCGGUCCGAUAUCACUUAGCCGACGAAGAUAUUGAUAUGGGUGGUAGCUCAAACGCGAAGGUGAUUUUCCCCAAGAGAAACAAGAGGCGCGAUGGCCAAUCGGGUACGACGUUUCAACGGGGGAAAAAGAAGCUCCUUGAAGGCCCCAUGAAUUGGUAUCGAGUCACUUUACCCUACGGGAAUAAAUACGAAAAAAAUUUCGUAUUAAAAAAAAUCGGGGAAAAAUUAGAACCGACUUCUUUUAUUCCGAUUAUGUGGCAAGUAAAUGGACAAAGCGCAACGUUUUACGUGGACGAUUUUAAAACUGCGAAUCAAAUAAACGAAAUUGACCGCGAUAUACAAAUGCCGGACGGUUUUAAUUUAUUUAUUCGGGUGAAUACGGGGUGCCCCAACGUUGACAUAACAAACGAUAUGAAAGAGAAAAUGAAAAUGGCCAUGGGGAAACGAUACAACGCAGCCACGAAAGCGUUGGAUUUGACGAAAUUUCACGCCGAUCCCGAUUUACAGCACAUUUUUUGCGCCCUAUUCAAGCCGAUCAUUUUACUUUCCGUUAUCGAUAUAAUAUCGGAAAAUAUCCCCGAAUUGGAAGCGCUUAAUUUGUUCGACAAUAACAUCCACAUGUUGGGGCAUUUAAAGAAAAUGUCGCAAAAGUUGCCGAAUUUAAAAAUUUUACACAUGGGGAAAAAUAAGUUAAAAGAUGUGCUGCAAUUAGAUGCUUUAUCAGGAUUACCAAUCGUCGAUUUGGUUCUUGAUGGAAACCCUCUCUGCGAUGCCUUUCAAGAAAAAGAAUCUUAUAUCAGCGAAGUCCGCAAAAGAUUUCCCAAGGUCGUAAAGUUGGAUGGUAUUGAUCUCCCGCCACCGAUUUCCUUCGAUAUAACCACCGAGACGACAAUGCCAGAGUUCCAACAAACUUAUUUAUGCAACCCCGAGGGGCAAGCGGUGAUUGCGCAAUUUUUGGAACAAUAUUUCCAAUUGAUGGAUAGUGAUGAUCGGUCCCCGCUGCAAGCGGCUUACCACGAACAGGCGAUGUACUCGAUGACUAUGGCCUACGCUUACGGACAACACCCGAAGAAUAGUCCAUGGUUGAAUUGGUACAACACGGAUAACCGAAAUUUAAAGAAAAUAACCGAUUCCGAUAGACGCUUUAAGUUACUUAAACAAGGCCAAUCAAGUAUUAUAUCGUUCCUAAAGGAUAUGCCCUCCACUAAACACGAUAUCAUGAAUUUCACCGUUGAUUUAAAUUUAUGCACUCCCCAAAUGCUACUUUUAACCGUUUCCGGCAUCUUCAAAGAACUUAGAACCGGACAUAAACAACCCCCGGUUCGAUAUUUCUUUCGCACUUUAGUAAUUGUACCUCAAGGAGCUGGAUUUUGCAUAGCUAACGAACAAUUUCACAUUUCCAACGCUAAAGAACCUCAAAUAAAACAAGCUUUUAAAACUCCGAUGCCAUCGAAUAGACUUCCGGAUGUCGCCGCCGUUGUUCCGAUUCAACAACCUACUACGAUCGAUGCUAAAAAACAAAUGGUUGAGGCGGUUUCCCAACAAUCGGGGAUGAAUCUUGAGUGGUCGGAAAAGUGUUUACAAGAUUCAAAUUGGGAUUUUCAAACUGCGAUUUUUGCUUUUGGGCAAGCUCAAAAAGACGGGAAAAUCCCCCCGGAAGCUUUUGUUAAAUAACUUUCGUUAAUUGACGUUUUUGUACAUACUGUAUCAGUAAGUUAAGUUUUAAGUUAUUGUAUUUAAUUCAAUACAAUGUUUAGUUUAUA